AUGCCUAAGGUGAAAUCUCCCCCCAGCCCUACUCCGUCGACCGCUCAGUCUCCGGCGAGUUCUCCUUCCUUGAUCUCUGCUCCCCCAUCUGAAGCGCUUGCGCCUGCACCGUCGGAGAACGACGCCGUUUUGAAUAGACUUUCUGCCUCCGCGUCCGUGGUGAUUGGCCUAUGCGCCGUCGUUUUGGUUAUGUAG